GUCCAGGGGAAAACCGUCCGUCCUCCCAUGAGUAGAGCACUAGAAUCCAAAAAGUUCAUGACGAAAUAUAGUCAUCCAUCCCCCUUUGUCUCAGAUCCAAGCUCAAAGCAGCACCCCGCAUUCCGCUCUGCAUAUUCUUUUUCUCUUCCACGAUCUCUGCAUCUCGAUCUCUGGCCUCUCGCUUGGUCCUGUCUGCAUUACAUUUCAAGUUCGGUUGAGUCUCGCCGGAAGCCAAGUAACAUAAUAGAAGGAAUCUGCUGGAGAUGGUUGUCAUCAAGGAAUUUCGGAUCGUCAUGCCCUUGUCGCUGGAAGAGUAUGGGAUAGCACAGAUGUACAUGGUCACGAAGAUGCAGCAAAAGAACACCACUGGUACUGAAGGAGUCGAACUAUUAGAAAGCAGACCCUUUGAAGACGAUGUGUACGGACAAGGUCGAUACACUUCUAAAGUUUAUCGUCUGCAAAGCAAAGUUCCUGCUUGGCUUAGAAAAUUUGCACCACCACAUGCUCUUGAUAUGCAAGAGGAAGCCUGGAGCGCAUACCCGAGAUGUAAAUCAGGUUUGCCAAGUCCUCUAGACAUCCCUCCUUGUGUGUUUCUUGUACUUGUAUUAAUGUCUUUUUGGUUUUUUAUCUGCGAAUGGAUGCCUCACUACCCAGUACUCAAGUGCGCACACUUUACCAGGUUUUGGUUAACUAUUGAAACUGUCCACAGGGCUGACAAUGGACACUCGGAAAAUGUACAUGGUUUAAGCAAGGAACAACUGGCAGCCAGGCAAGUGGAAUAUAUUGAUAUAGCUAUCCCUGGAAAGGAUUGUUGGAGUUACUUAGUUGGGAAUUGUAGUAUAGACUUUUCCAAAUUCAAAUCAGCAAGAAUUGACCGUGGUCCACUUCCAAAGGGGUGGCAGGAUAGGUGUGAUCCAGUCAUGACUGCGUACAAAUUGGUGACAAUUGAUGCACCAUACUGGGGAUUUGGUCGUCAGCUUGAACAGGCCCUGCUAGCAGGUGAAAGGGCUCUUUUUUUGGAAAGUCAUCGUCAUUGCUUUGGUUGGAUUGAUAAAUGGUAUGGGAUGACAGUGCAACAAAUAGAUGAACUCUUGCAACCAAAUGACUCUACGUUAAAUGAGAGAAUUGUCAAGCCAGCUCUGAUGAUGAGCAUUGAACAUUUUAGGGGGGAAUCACCAACUGAUGGUGAAGGCAUCUAUAGCAAGAAGUCUGAGGUUAAAUCUCAACAGAGUGUAAGCUAAGUGUUACAGGUGAUAUAUAUUUGGAAAGUAAACAAAAUGGAGUAGACAGCAAAGCAACAUACAUGAAUCCCCAUAUCAGAUAUUUAUAUUUUAUACAAAGGGUAGGAGGUUUUGAAUCCAGAUUUUCUAUUUGGAGAAUCGAUCAUACGCAAUCAGGUCAUCAGUCUGUUGCCAUAUUGUUUCUUUUGAACCUGUAGCAGGGGGUAGCAUAGCUGCGGGGGAUUAUACUUCAUAUCAUUGGAUCCACACUCUCCUUGGGAUCCCCAUAAAAGUGAAAAAAACAAGAUCGUUUAAUUUUUAUUUUGUCUUUAAAAACAUUGUACAAGAAAUUGCACUUGAGCUGGUGGCAGCAAUUCGGAUGCUCACUGAUGUAGUUGUUUUAAGCCGAAAUUUGUUGAAAAAUGAAUUAUGCCCGGUUUGGACUUUGGAG